GAGAAGAACACUUCAGUGCAUCCUCCAGGAUUACAUGUUUAGUGUACCUCCCAUUCUCACAUUGCAACGAUGAUAACCAUUGCUUUCAUAUGGGCUGUCGUGGUGGGACUCUGCUGCUGCCUGUGGCUGGUUUUAGGGAUCCGCAGGAGGCAGCCUGGAGAGCCACCCGUGGAGAACGGCUUGAUCCCCUAUCUUGGUUGUGCCCUCCAGUUUGGAGCCAACCCGCUUGAGUUCCUGCGCAGUCGGCAGAGGAAGUAUGGACACAUAUUCACCUGUAAGAUUGCUGGUGACUAUGUUCACUUCCUGUGCGAUCCUUUCUCCUAUCAUUCCGUCAUCCGGCAGGGCAGACACCUUGACUGGAAGAAAUUCCACUUUGCUGCCUCUGUCAAGGCUUUUGGCCAUGACAGCAUGGACCCAAGCGACGGCUACACAACAGAAAACCUGCACCAGACCUUCAUGAAAACCCUGCAGGGAGAGGCCCUGCCGUCACUCAUCGAGACCAUGAUGGAGAAUCUCCAGACCGUCAUGCUCCAGUCUGACACCCUGAAGGUCAGCUCCUCCAACUGGGAGGUGGACGGCAUCUUUGCCUUCUGCUACAAGGUCAUGUUCGAGUCAGGGUACCUCACACUGUUUGGGAAGGAGCUGAGCAACGGUGACAAGGUCCAGGCUCACCGGGACGCACAGAAAGCCCUCGUGCUCAACGCCUUGGAGAACUUUAAAGAGUUUGACAAGAUCUUCCCGGCGCUGGUUGCUGGUCUGCCCAUCCACGUGUUCAAGAGUGGCCACAGCGCCCGUGAGAACCUGGCCAAGACACUGCUUCACGAAAACCUCAGCAAGAGAGAGAACAUGUCCGACUUGAUUUCUCUUCGCAUGCUCCUAAACGACACCCUGUCCACCUUCAACGACAUCGGCAAGGCCCGCACCCACGUCGCCCUGCUCUGGGCGUCCCAGGCCAACACCCUGCCCGCCACCUUCUGGGCCCUCCUCUACAUGAUCAGGAGUCCAGAUGCCAUGCGUGCCGCUACCCAGGAGGUGAAGAGGGUUCUAGAAAGUUCCGACCAGAAAGCAGAUCCAAUGAACCCACACCUGGUUAUGAGCAGAGAGCAACUGGACAACUUGCCAGUCUUAGAAAGUAUCAUCAAGGAAGCCAUGCGUCUGUCAAGUGCUUCUCUCAACGUUAGGGUUGCCAAGGAGGACUUCCUGCUCCACCUGGAUAACAAAGAGUCCUACCAUAUACGCAAAGAUGAUGUCAUAGCACUCUAUCCACAGAUGCUUCACUUUGAUCCUGAGAUCUACGAGGAUCCUCUGACCUACAAAUAUGACAGGUACCUGGAUGAAGAUGGCCAGGAGAAAACCAGCUUCUACAGAGACGGACGCAAGCUCCGCUACUAUUAUAUGCCCUUCGGGUCUGGGGUCACUAAAUGUCCGGGACGUUUCUUUGCUGUGCAUGAAAUCAAGCAGUUCCUCGCUCUUCUGCUCUGCUACUUCGAUAUGGAGCUGCUGGACUCGGAUGUUAAAACCCCCCCACUUGAUCAAUCACGAGCUGGUUUAGGGAUCCUCCAGCCAACAUAUGAUGUUGACUUUAAGUAUCGACUCAAGUCUCAGUUUUGAGAGAUUGUAAAUUAUUGCUCUUUUUAUGUAUAUUGUGAAUAUUAUUUUUUACUGAUGCUGACUGAUGUGUACAUAAGUAUAGAUUUUGUUUUAGAAAUAACAGGUGUGUGUGUAAUCUGUAUAAAUGGUGCUGUUUGUGACAGCAGGCAUGUUUUGGAUUAUCUUGUGUUGUUAUCAGUAAUAUUUACUGCAGAUCUGGUUUCCUGCUAGAUUCCAGGUUAACAUUCCGGAACAACACGGAUUGAUACCAAGCUUAAGUAGUGUCUGCCAAGGAAUAAAUGGGAAAUGUGCAAUCACUGUCAAUUGUGAAUUAUUUCUUCUUGCAAUUCCAGAUGUAUUUAGCUCUUAUAUAUUCUGAAUUAUAAAAUGAUACAUGUAAAUAAGUCCCCACCAUUACAUUUUGUAGUUUUUUUUAUUAAUGAAUGAACAUUUAUUUAGCCAACAUUGGUAAGUUGCGCUGCCUCUGGUCAUACUGGUCCCGUCUCACUUCCACUCUCCCAGCACGAUUCAGUGUUUUCUGUUUGAUAUGGUGAGAUAUUCUUUUUUCACAUUUUCAUGGCUAGCAUGAGUAUUAUGUAAAUGUAUAUAAUUAUGACUGUAAAGGGGGGAUUUGUACAUAAAAAACAUGAUGUCCUCUUUA